AUGGGCUUUGGAUCUAAGUGGUGUUCUUGGGUGUGGGGUAUCCUGGCGUCUGCUCGGGCGUCCGUUCUGGUUAAUGGGGCCCCCACGUUCGAUUUUAAGUGUGGCAAAGGGAUGAGGCAGGGAGAUCCUAUCUCCCCGUUCUUGUUCGUGGUGGUUAUGGAGGCGUUGUCUUGCCUUCUAGAUAAAGCUAAAGAGGAUGGUAUUUUUUCCGGCUUACAGCUUCCUAACGGGGGCCCGGUCCUCUCUCAUCUUUUUUUCGCUGAUGAUGCGCUCAUUAUUGGGGACUGGUUGGAAGAUAAUGCUUUAAAUGUUAUCAGAAUCUUAAGAUGCUUUUAUAUGUGCUCUGGCCUCAGUAUCAAUUUGGGUAAGUCUGGCUUGUUCGGGUUAGGGGUUGAUAGCGAGGAGGUUGGGCUUCUAGCGGAUAUCAUUGGGUGUAAACAAGAGUCUCUUCCUUUCAAGUAUCUCGGGCUUAAGGUUGGAUCUAAUAUGAAUCGUAUCAGUAAUUGGGAGGCUGUUUUUGAGACUUUUAGUUCUAGACUUGCUCUUUGGAAGUCCGCUCUCUUGUCUAUUGGAGGAAGAAUUACUAUUAUUCGUUCGGUUCUUCAAAGCCUACCGAGUUACUAUUUUUCGUUUUACAAGGCCCCCGUGAAGGUGAUUAAGGCUCUUGAAGGUAUGAUCCAAAAAUUUCUUUGGGGCGGUUCGGAAGAUGUGAGGAAAACUCACUGGGUGGCCUGGGAGACCGUCACGCUGCCUAAAAAAUCAGGAUGGUUGGGGUUAGUAAAUUGCAAAAUAUGA